AUGAAAAGACUUCCCAUCGUCACCUCAAGCAGGUUCCUCAUAAGAAAUUACACUGUACCCCCGUCCAUUUCACUUGACCCCCCACAAGUCACAGGUGCAGGUCCAUUCGCAGCUCGUCCACAUUUCCACGCCAUUGGUCACCCAUCAACCAUACUUUCAAUCACCCUCCCCCAAUCAUCAUCCAUCUACAUCUCCCAAAGCUCAAUCUUGGCAGCAAAUGUCGAACUAAAUACUAUUGAAAAAGAGACUGCGUUACUUUACGGAGUACCCUACCAACAAUUGAAGGCGACUGAAGCGUCAAACUUGCUCAUUCAUGAACAAAGCCAUUAUCGCGUGUUGGAUGCUGCAAAACAAUGGACGGUGUUUGAUAGUAGGCGAAUAAUAGGGUGGACGGGAUCGGAUGUGGAGUUUAGUGGCAAACUGUCAUCAUUUUCUGCAAGUGGUGAUUACAAUUCGGUAAAGAUAUCAGGCAAAGGACACAUUGUGCUUGAUGAUGCAAGUUCGACAAUUUUCAAUUUACAAAUUGAACCAAACAAUGAAAUAUUAAUUAACCCCAAUGCUCUAAUCGCAAUCAACACCGGUGCCAUGCCCCAUUUGAAACCACAGGUGUUGACUCCAGGUACUUAUGAAUUGCAUAAAUUGGAUCUCCCCCAUUUCGAUUGGCCCCGUUGGAUAGUGAACCCAAUCAAGCAAGCACAAGCUAGCAUAAGUGGGUUUUGGAAUCAGUUGAAUCCAAGACGUGUAUUGGACCCUAUUGGUUCCUAUUGGGAACCUAUAAAGAGACAGUUUAGUAAAAUGUGGCAUUGGGUGUAUGUUAAAAUCAAUGGUCGGUUGAUUAGAAGAAACCCAAUUUAUUUUAAAGUUACUGGUCCCGCUGAGAUCUUGAUUGAAAAUCAACAAAUGGUGGCUAAUAAUAAAAUGUUUAGCAGUGAAGAGAUCACCAAGCUAUUCAAGCAGAAUUAA